AUGGCGCCCAAGAAGCCCUCUACCACAGCAGAGGUCGCCCUCGUACCUUUGAAGAACUGUUUAGUGAACCUGCCGCCAUCGUUGGUCACACUACUUGUCAAUGCCAACACUCCUGCGCAAAAUGUGAUUGUCGAGCUGCAAUACAGGCCUACACCUGGAAAGACUGGAGCCAAUUCAACACAGCGAUCAUGCUAUCUGGGGUGGACCGGGAUGCCAAGCAAGCGAAAGCUUGCACCCGUUGUUGGAAAGGAUGGUAUCAACAGUGGCCCCUCUUCUAGAGAGCAGGAUAUCUCUAUUGUUGAGUUGGACUCCACAUUUGGGAGAGUCUUGGGCCUAUCUGAAGGUCAAAGAGUCGGGAUAUUCAUUCAUUUAGACCCUCCGGUAGCGCAUACUAUCAAUAUAGAGCCCUUGACUCCUGAAGAUUGGGAAAUCAUCGAGCUCCAUGCGACAUUUCUAGAACUUAAUCUUCUGUCCCAAAUCCGGGCUCUACCAAAUCCUACAUAUAGCACGGCUCAGCCGGACCAUAUGCACCCUCUUGCGCUGCAUCUUUCCCCGACGUCAACCGCCAAUAUUGUCAUCACGUCUCUCACACCCGCGCCAGGGGACACCUCUCCAUUUGCCAAGAUAGCACCUGAUGCCGAAGUUAUUGUUGCCCCGAAAGUGCGUCCCAAGAAUACGAGAGGAGCUCGAGGGGAUAGUCGAAGUGUUACUGGGAGCAGCCGGAGAAGUGUGGGGGGGCGGAGUAGCGGAAGUACUGUACGGCCAAAAAGUGGGAAACCUGACUCAACAAGCAGAGGCUGUCUCUAUUUCAGAGGUAUCGACCGGCAGUGGCCUGACCAGUACUUUGACGGAGAAUUGGAAGAUGAUAGCAAUGAGGGCUUCCGCGUUUGGGUAGACCCCGACAUACUUGCAUCAAACGAACUUCGUGGAGCUAGCUGGGCGUGCAUCAACAUCAUUCAGCCGUCCGGCUUGAAACCUCCGCCCGACCCUCAACAGCAGUUAAACCAAGCAGAACAAAAAACAAGCGAGGCCGGCGUACCUACAAUGAAACUAGUUGCGAAAUUGCUUCCGUGGGUAGACGCUCCGCACACUCAGCACCUGGCUAUGUCUACGCUGUUAUGUUCUGCUCUUGGUGUUGAGGGUAUGGUAGGUGGUAUCGUUCGUGUCGAAGCAGCCCCUCCGCCGUUGCAACGGUCGGCUGUCAAGUCACUCAAGGUCUAUCCUUUCAUGGCUGAUGCAUCAAAGAAAAAAGAUGGGCUGAAAUUCGGUGCUGACACCGCGGCGGCGAAGGAUGCACUAGCUGAACGUAUAAAAGUAAUAUACAGCAGCCCUGGCACGGAAAAGGGGUUACUAUCGGGGCCUCUAACGGAUGGAAUGGUCCUCCCAAAGACAAACAAUCACGCGACAGUGUCUGCAUUUGACGGCGCCAUUAUCCGAUUUGAUCCUCCCCUAAAGACCGCCUCCGAACCAACAUUCGGGUGGUUGCAGGGAUCGGAAGCUAAGCUACCACUUGAAAUCCAGUCUGAAAUUCCUCGGCCCCCAGAUCAAGACCCGUCCCCUAUGCCCACAGAAGACACAAUACCUUCUAGAGCACCCGAGAUGGUGGGCAUCGACAAGGUCAUCUCACAGUCUCUUGAUAAUCUAACUAAGUCAUCAUCAAUCCUGGUGACCGGCGGUCUUGGUUCUGGAAAAACGAAGCUUAGUCACCUCCUGGCACAUCGCGUUCGUAGAGACUACCUCUUCAAUGUGAAAUACUUCUCUUGCCGAAAACUCGUCACUGACGAGACCCGGAUCGCCAAUAUCAAAGAGACUCUGAACCGCCUUUUCAUGUCCGCUUCUUGGUGCUCUCGCCUAGGCGGGCAGUCAGUCGUGAUCCUGGAUGAUCUCGAUAAACUGUGUCCGGUAGAAACGGAGCUGCAGGUAGGAGGAGAUAAUGGCCGCAGCCGUCAGAACAGUGAGGUGAUCUGCUCGAUAGUGCGAGAAUACUGCUCCGUGAAUUCUUCAGUAGUGUUGUUAGCAACAGCACAGUCAAAGGAGUCGUUGAACAACGUUAUAGUCGGAGGCCACGUGGCCCGUGAAAUCAUUCACCUGAGGGCUCCGGAUAAGGAAGGCCGACGAAAGGUGCUGGAGCAGCUGACGAGUCAAGACAGAGGUGCUAAUAUCACGACUAACGGUCAUGCACGAGAAGCCAGUGGAUCUACCCAGGGCUCAUGGUUAGAUCCGUCGAAUCCAGAUAGCCGCCCGAGUUCUGCUGGAGCGGAUGGUUUUGUCUUAAGUCGUGAUAUAGAUUUCCUCGAAUUGGCUGGCAAAACGGAUGGAUAUAUGCCUGGCGACUUGGUUCUACUCGUCUCUCGAGCGAGGAAUGAGGCUCUAAUCCGCUCUGUACAAGAACUAUCGGGAACCUCGAAGGCGAUCACUCUUGGCGCUGACGACUUUGAGAAUGCGAUUAAAGGCUUCACACCGGCCUCCCUUCGUAACGUUACUCUUACAUCUUCUACUACAACAUUUUCCGGUAUUGGUGGCUUGCACGAGACUCGGCAGAUGCUUUUAGAGACUCUCCAAUACCCUACCAAGUACGCUCCCAUCUUUGCACAAUGUCCUCUGCGUCUGCGGUCUGGCUUGCUACUUUAUGGCUUUCCUGGUUGUGGGAAAACCCUUCUGGCCAGUGCUGUCGCAGGCGAGUGUGGCCUGAAUUUCAUAAGUGUUAAAGGCCCUGAAAUCCUGAACAAAUAUAUCGGUGCAAGUGAGAAAAGCGUACGGGAUUUGUUUGAAAGAGCUCAAGCCGCUAGACCCUGUGUCCUGUUCUUCGAUGAAUUCGACAGUAUAGCGCCUAAGCGUGGUCAUGAUUCCACAGGUGUCACAGAUCGCGUGGUUAAUCAGCUGCUCACACAGAUGGAUGGCGCGGAAGGGCUUUCUGGAGUUUAUGUUCUUGCCGCUACUUCUCGACCGGAUUUGAUUGAUCCUGCACUGCUGCGUCCGGGUCGUCUAGAUAAGUCUUUGCUCUGCGGUAUGCCGAGUCACUCAGACCGUGUCGACAUUAUCAAAGCUGUCAGUAGCAAGCUGGUGAUGACCGACGAAAUUGCGACUCGCCUAGAUGAAGUGGCCGCGCGGACAGAGGGCUUUUCUGGAGCUGAUCUUCAAGCCGUUGUCUAUAAUGCCCAUCUUGAAGCCGUCCAUGAUGCUCUCGGGGAUCGCACCGCUGAUAAGCCAGCAGCCAAAAGCAACACCAAGCAAUCAGCGAGUACCAGUACCAAGUCGUUCAUCCAGUUCCUUUACUCCACGUCAGAGCAGGGUAAUGGAACAGUAUCCAUGCCUCCACCUGCAGCUGUUGCGGCCAAGCUUGAUGCAAUCAAGAGUGCUCGGCGGCGCCAGCGGCAGAUUGAGCAGGGCACAGCCAACACCACGACUCCUGCGACGAAUGAAACCACUCAGGAAGAACCUCGUCAAGAAAUCGUGAUAAGAUGGGAACACAUGGAGCGAUCACUUAGCACAACACGUAGCUCGCUCAGUGCUGCAGAGCGACGGCGACUUGAGGCGAUAUACCGCGAGUUCGUGGUUGGUCGGAAUGGCGAGAUGCCUAAUGGCGAGGGCGGCCGAGAGAUUGGAGGGCGAACAAGCCUGAUGUAA